CAAUAUUAAUUUCUUUGAUUUCUUUGUCAUUUUUCUAUCACUGAUAUGGUAAGUUUGUGUGAGGGCCACCAUACCCACCUCACUGGUAACGCACACAGAUCAUCACACCUCAUUCCGCCGGCAGCCGCCUAAAGCUACAGCUGCUCCACGCCGAAAAGCAUAGCUUCGUCGCAAUCCCCGUCCAUAUUCCGGCGAAGAUGUUUCCGCCGGAGCUCCAGGCGCGGACGAUCCGUCCCUACAUUUCCUCAUCAAUUAGCGCUCCCAGUUUCUCCACCACUUCGGGCGACGCUUACAACAGCCCCAACCGAAACCCUAGUCUCAGCCCCGAUUCUUCGUUCUACGGCCUCGGCGGCAGGUCUUCUACUAGAUCGAUGAAGAACUCCAGGUUCUCUCCCUCUUCCUUCGCGCACAACGCCAGAAUUGCGGUUGCUCUUGUCCCUUGUGCCGCCUUCCUCAUUGACCUCGGCGGCAUUCCGGUUGUAGCCACGCUUACUGUCGGACUAAUGUUAGCAUACAUCCUGGAUUCUCUCAAUGUCAAGUCGGGUUCCUUUUUCGCAGUUUGGUUCUCCCUCAUCGCAGCUCAGGUUGCAUUCUUCUUCAGCUCCUCACUCUUUGUCACAUUCAAUUCAGUAGCUCUCGGCCUUCUUGCCACUUUUGUUUGUUCUCUAGUCAAUUUUCUAAUUGGAAUUUGGGCUUCCUUGCAAUUCAAGUGGAUUCAAAUUGAAAACCCCACCAUUGUGAUGGCUCUUGAGCGGCUUUUGUUUGCCUGUAUUCCUGUAAUAGCUUCCACGAUGUUUACAUGGGCGACAGUAUCUGCAGUUGGUAUGCUCAAUGCAGCUUAUUAUCUCAUGGUAUUUAAUUGCAUAUUCUAUUGGCUCUUCUCAAUUCCCCGAGCAUCGUCAUUUAAGAUGAAGCAAGAAGUGAUUUACCAUGGCGGAGAGAUUCCAAGUGACAAUCUAAUCCUUGGUCAGCUGGAGAGUUGUUUGCACACCUUGAACCUUUUGUUUCUCCCUCUCAUGUUUCAUAUUGGGUCACAUUAUUCAGUUUUGUUCUCCUCUAGUGAUUAUGUAUGCGACCUCUUUCUUCUUUUCUUCAUCCCUCUUUUGUUUCAACUAUAUGCAUCCACAAGUGGGGCACUGUGGUGGGUCACCAAGAACGAGCACCAGGUGCAGAGAAUUAGGCUGGUGAAUGGUUCUAUUGCUUUAAUUGUUGUCAUAAUUUGCCUGGAGGCUAGAGUCGUUUUCCAUUCUUUUGGGCGAUACAUCCAGGUGCCACCCCCAUUAAAUUACAUGCUCGUUACAAUAACAAUGCUUGGAGGGGCAGCAGCUGCUGCUUCUUAUGUUCUUGGGAUGAUAUCUGAUGCGUUUACCUCACUAGCAUUCACCACUGUGGCUGUUGUAGUUAGCGCUGCUGGAGCUAUUGUAAUAGGAUUUCCUAUACUGUUUAUUCCAUUCCCUUCAAUUGCUGGUUUCUUUUUGGCUCGGUUUUUUACAAAAAAGAGUGUCUCAUCAUACUUUGCAUUUGUUGCACUUGGGAGUCUGAUGCUCACAUGGUUUGUGAUGCACAAUUACUGGGGUCUAAAUAUAUGGCUGGCUGGCAUGUCAUUAAAGUCCUUUUGCAAGCUUAUUGUUGCUUGUGUUAUCCUGGCCAUGACUGUUCCUGGUCUAGCCAUCCUCCCGCCAAAAUUUCGACUGUUUACUGAUCUUGGUUUGAUCAGUCAUGCAUUGCUUCUAUGCUACAUAGAAAAUCGAUUUUUCAGUUACUCCAACACAUACUACUACGGGAUGGAGAAUGAUGUGAUCUAUCCAAGUUAUAUGGUGGUCAUGACUACUUUCGUGGGUUUAGCCGUUGUCAGGAGGCUCUAUGUGGACAAUCGAAUUGGAUCGAAGGCUGCCUGGGUUCUAACAUGUCUUUAUUCCUCAAAGUUGUCCAUGCUUUUCAUAGCAUCGAGGACGGUUUUGUGGUCAUCAGCUGUUCUUUCACUUGCUGUCACUCCUCCGCUGCUUCUUUACAAGGACAAGUCCAGGCCUGCUUCAAAGAUGAAACCUUGGCAAGGUUAUGCUCAUGCUAUGGUGGUUGCCUUAUCAGUAUGGUUCUGUCGGGAAACAAUAUUUGAAGCUCUGCAGUGGUGGAAUGGAAGACUUCCCACGGACGGUUUGCUGUUAGGCUUCUGCAUUCUGUUGACUGGGUUAGCUUGUUUGCCCAUAGUCGUGCUCCAUUUCUCACAUGUUAUGCUCACCAAGAGAUGCAUGGUGCUGGUGUUAGCUACUGGCCUGUUGUUCAUUUUGAUGGAGCCACCUAUCCCUUUUUCAUUGAACUACCACUCCGAUCUCAUAAAGUCUGCCCGUCAAUCCGCUGACGACAUUUCUAUCUAUGGGUUCAUUUCAUCAAAGCCGACAUGGCCGUCAUGGUUGCUCAUCGCAGCUCUCUUACUGACACUGGCUGCCGUCACCUCAAUCAUACCCAUCAAGUACAUUGUUGAACUAAGAACCUUUUACUCUAUCGCCAUGGGAAUUACUCUUGGCACCUACAUAUCUGCAGUAUAUUUCCCCCAGCCAGCAAUCCUACACCCACUCAUCAUUCUUACCAUGAUCUGCACCUCUGUAUUUGUGGUCUUCACCCAUUUCCCUUCCGCGUCAAGCACAAAACACCUGCCGUGGGUAUUUGCUCUAAACAUGGCUCUCUUCCCGGUCACAUAUUUGCUGGAGGGCGAGGUGAGAAUCAACAAAAACAGUGUUGGAGAAAUGGGGGAGGAAGACGGCAAGCUGGCCACAUAUUUGGCUGUCGAAGGUGCACGGACGUCUCUUCUUGGCUUAUACGCUGCAAUCUUGAUGCUUAUAGCUCUUGAGGUGAAGUUUGAACUGGCUUCACUAAUCCGAGACAAAGCACCCGAAAGGAGCGGCGGGUUGAGACACAGCCACUCUGGGGAGACCGCAAGUGUCCCUCCCAGGCUAAGGUUCAUGCAGCAACGGAGGGCGUCUACUGUUCCCAGUUUCACCAUAAGGAGAAUGGCAGCCAAGGGCGCCUGGAUGCCCGCGGUGGGCAACGUGGCCACCGUACUCUGCUUCUCCAUAUGCCUCAUCUUGAACGCGAGUCUCACGGGCGGGUCGACCCGGUCCAUAUUCUUCCUCGCGCCCAUACUGCUCCUCAUCAACCAGGACUCCGAUUUGGUCGCCGGAUUCGGAGACAAGCAGCGCUACUUCCCCGUCACGGCCGCCGUCUCGUCCUACCUCGUGCUGACCGCCGUCUACAGCGUCUGGGAGGACGCGUGGCAGGCAAACACGGGGUGGGGGCUGGAAAUCGGCGGGCCCAUCUGGUUCUUCGCGGUCAAGAACCUAGCCCUACUCGUCCUCACGUUUCCCAGCCACAUCCUCUUCAACCGCUUCGUGUGGAGCUACGCGAAGCAGCCCGACAUGCUGCCCUUGCUGACCAUCCCCCUCAACCUGCCCUCGGUGCUGAUAACCGACAUAGUCAAGGUCAAGAUAUUGGGACUCCUUGGGGUUGUAUAUUCUCUAGCUCAGUAUUGGAUAUCCAGACAGCAAUAUAUUUCGGGAAUGAAAUAUAUUUAGAGAAGAGAGGUACGUCGGAGUUUGUACUAUAUAUAUAUACAUGUGUUCAUAUACGUUUUUUUUUUUGCCAAAUUUUGAACUCUUUAUUAUAUUUGGCAAAAGCUUAAUUACAAUGCCCAAACGUGGGGUGUAACAUCCUUAAGGGGGUAAUUAAUGUUCUAGUCUGCAUUUCAUAUCCUAAUAUACUUUCUUCACCAUU